AUGACAGGAGCACUGCAGUAUCCGGGGUACGAUGGGGAUAGGCUGGAGAAGGCAGCAGGACUGAUGCCGUGCAGAGAGAUCCAGGCUGGGCUACUGUUGUCUCUCAUGGGGCAGCCUGAGAAUCACUGUUACCCCUCAAUUUUCAUCUAUGGUCAUCGAGCCUCUGGGAAAAGCCAUGUUCUGAAUACUUUAAUGAAACAACUGGAGCUUCCCCACGCCAUGAUCAGUUGUGUCGAAUGUCUCUCGGUGGCUUUGCUUUUUGAACAAGUCCUUGAUUCAUUCUUUGGGGCUGAUGCCGCCUCACUUCUACCCCGUGGUCCAUCUCUGUCUGACUUUGUCCGCAUCUACAAACAGCAGAUCUCCGAGUCGCCCACUGAGCAGACCAGAUACAUUAUAAUGGAAAAGGCUGAGAUGUUGAGGAAUGCAGACUCCAAUCUCCUUCCGGGUCUUCUCCGUCUUCAAGAACUGGUUGAAGACAAUGUUACGGUGAUUCUUCUUAGUGAAAUUGUGUGGGAUAAGUUCAGACCGAACACUGGCUGUUUUGAGCCACUCCUGCUGCAUUUCCCAGACUACAGUAAAGCGGAGCUGCAGCAGAUAUUGUCCAAGGACAAGCACCCUUCUUAUUCCACAGACUUUUACUCCUCGUACAUAAACAUCUUGUUGGGCGUUUUCUACUCUGUCUGUCGAGACCUCCGAGAGCUGCGACACCUCGCUGCCCUUAAUUUUUCCAAGUUUUGUGAACCAGUGGAAGAAGGCAAAUUUAAAGAAAAUGACACACACAAAUUGUGGAGGAACAUUGAGCCUCAUCUGAAAAAAGCCAUGCAAACUGUUUAUCUUCGAGAGGUGUCCAGUCUUCAGUGGGAACAAAUGCAUGAAAUGAAGGAGAUAGAGGCUGGAGCCGUGAGAGGUUUAUCCGCUCACACUCAUGUCGAAUUGCCUUAUUAUUCAAAGUUUCUGUUAAUUGCUGCUUAUUUGGCCUCAUACAACCCAGCCCGAACAGACAAACGCUUCUUCCUCAAGCAUCAUGGUAAAAUAAAAAAAACAAAUUUUUUGAAGAAAAAUGAAAAGACCAGUAAUCAUCUCCUGGGACCAAAGCCCUUCCCUCUUGACCGCAUGCUGGCAAUCUUCUACAGUGUUGUGGACAGCAGGGUGGCCCCUACUGCCAGCAUAUUCUCUCAGAUCUCCUCUCUGGUGACCUUACAGCUGCUGAACCAGGUCAGUCACGAUGAUCAGCUCGAUGCCCCCAAAUACAAGUGUGCCGUUUCUUUGGACUUCAUCAGUGCCAUCUCCAGGACAGUCAACUUUGAUAUUGUCAAGUAUUUGUACGACUUCCUCUGA